AUGUACGAACCUGCUCCCUCGUUGAGCCUUCAUCGCUUGAGUAGGCAUAGCCUUCAAGAUCGAUACCAGUCAGACGAGGAGGCUGUGUCUGAAUCUGAUACAGGCGCCCAAGAUCUACUUUCCUCGCCAGUCGGCUCACCACAAGCCGGAAUCUUUGAUUCAGACCUCAGUGCCGACGAUGAUUCUCACCUGGACCCUGGUUUUGACCGGGAUGAACAUACUCUGGCUCCCCCAAUGGUCAAACGUCCCCGGCCCGUCUCUUCUGCUACCAUUAAGAGAAAUAGCAGAGCCACUUUCGACGAAGAUACAUAUGUGUUUGAUCCAGAGGAGCAGAUAGUUCUCGAACUGCCACCGUCGGAUUCUCCGCCGCAACUCGCAUCCAGCACCUUUCUACAGCCGUCGAUAUACGUCUGGCCAAAACCACCACGGCCGUCCACCUCAAGGUCUCGCUCUACCUCGCCGUCAUCGGUCUUCUCGAUAGAGGAAGUAGACAUCCAAGUCGCAACGAAGGUGACUAUCAUGGAGCCCCGAACUCGUCCUACAGUGGUCUUGAUCAACGCUCUGGGGUCACAGCUCAAGGCCUCGAAAUCCCGUCCCAGCCAUUCUCGCUCUAGGGAAAGCAGCCGCACCCGCUCUGUGCUCGUCAGGGCCGACAGUCGACUUACAGUACCACGCUCGUCAGACCCAGCGGCCAAGUCACCGCGAGUAUCUGAGAAAAGGACCACCAUGAAGCAGGCGCCAAAGACAGCUCCAACCCAAACCCAAAACCCAGUCUUAGAAGAUACACAGUUUGCACUGGGUGCAACCAUCAACCGAGUCUCCGAAAUCCCCUCUGUCCUCUACUUCCCAGCACCACCACGCACCCUCCAACCCCAAGAAUAUCGACCCCGACCCCGAACCGCAGGCACCGAAAAACCAACCCCACCCCCUCUAAACCUGCGCGCCCGUCGCGCCCCCUCGCUGCACAGCACAAGCAGAAACAGCAGCCACACCUACACCUCCCGCCCAACAACACCCUACUCAGCCGAGGACGCGACUACCUUCAAAUCCAACAACUACAGCGGCGCAUCCUCCAACCUCCCCAGAGCCUGUAGCCCAACCUCAAACUCACCCGCCUCCUCCCCACCACCAUGCAUCUCCUCGAAGCGCAGCGGGCCCUCGACAUACAGCGUGUCGAAUAUGCUCACGAGCCGCUCGCCACUGAUGAUGCGUCGCAUGACAAGGAAACACUCCGCCUCCAGUGUCUAUUCACUCAGUAAUCUGCGCGAGGUCGGCGUUAAUGGUCCAUCUUCCUCGCAGAUUUCCGUCGCGACACAGCCUGCCCCGCCGCCCAGUGCGGACUCCCAUCUCGUGCGGAAGUCGAGCCAUCGUCGCCAUUCGCGGCAUCAUAGCGUUAUGCCGAGUGGGAGGGGGUUUAUGGGGUUGAAGUUGGGGAAGAAGUCGCAUGCUAAGCCUUAG